AUGUUUGCAAGAGUCCUUGGAGAAACAACAAAAUUGGGAAAUAUAACUUUACCUUGUGGAGUUCAAGUCAAUAUACCUACACUUUUCGUUCAUCGUGACCAAGAAAUAUGGGGAAAUAACGCCAAUGAAUUCAACCCAGAAAGAUUUAGUGAAGGUGUUGCAAGUUCAACAGACGGAAAAUUUGGUUAUUUCACAUUUGGAUUUGGUCCUCGAGUAUGCAUUGGACAAAACUUUGCUAUGUUAGAAGCUAAAGUCGCGCUUGCCAUGUUCUUACAACAUUUUACAUUUGAAAUUUCUCCGUCUUAUGUCCAUGCUCCUUAUCUUGUGGUUACACUCCAAGCUCAGUAUGGAGCACAAGUAAUAUUACGUAAAGUUGCUUGA